AUGCCAUCUAUCCAGCUGCCACUGGUACUCCUCUGUUUGACCUUGUGUGGUGUUUGCUUCAACGGGGGACAUCUCCUUCCAGAGGAGAGUGAGAACAUGGGAAAAAGUCCCCUGGAUGACAUCCUUCAGAGAUCUGAAAGCCUCAUUCUUCAGUCUAUCCUCAAGAAAGCUGAAAAGGAAGAAGAGAUUACUAAAGAAUCAAAUGCCCCUCUGCUACAAUGGCUUGCCAAAAGACAACACCCUGGGAAAAAGUACCUAAAUAAUCUGGAGAAGAGACAACAUCCUGGAAAAAGAGAUGUUGAGGAAGAGACAUCUUAUGGAGACAUUCAGAAGAGGCAGCAUCCAGGAAAGAGAGAAAUAGAAUAUGACCUUGAUGUUUAUCUGGAGCUGAAAAGGCAGCAUCCUCCUGGCAGAAAGUCACUGAUGCAUCAGUUUGCUAACAGCCCUAGGGCACAGCUCACCUACCUGAACAAGUUAUCCAAAAGAGAACAUCCAGGCAGAAGAUAUCCAAUGUACAAGUACCAGCGUCCUAGCAAAAUAGGCUGGAAUUAUGAGGUAGACCUAUAUGGUGAGAAACUCCAGCAUCCUGAAAAAAGGCACUGGAAUUCUGACAGCUCAGAUGACACAGGCCCCUGCAACUUUCAGGAGUCAUUCACCUGUCACAAAGGCAGCUUGUUGCUUGAUUUAGUAGAAGACGUUAGCAGAGACAGGGUAGAAGAAAAGCGUCAGCACCCCGGGAAGAGAUCAGCAUGGGAGAGUGAAACAGAGGAAUGA